UGCGUUAUUGACUAUUAUCAUGUGCGUUACCUCCCACGUUACCUCGGGAAAUGAGAGAGAGGAACCACACAAAUAUACGAUAGAUGAACUUAUUUCUACACAGUUCGAACAUAAAGACUCUAAUGACCUCGGAAUGGAUCCUUGUAAAGCUGGUAACUUUCAAGGAGACAUUGCAAUACCAGAUGUAGAUUACUAUAAGCCACCAAACACUGCCCCUACAACAUCUAAGAUUAAUAAAUCACUACAAGAAGAAGUUGAGAGACUUAAAAAAGAGGUCCUUCUAGAAGGAUUGCAGGUAGAAGAGGAAGGUCUCCCGGAUAUAUUAAGGAAACGCACAAAACAACCAUUACCUCUAUCUCAAGAAAAACCAAAGAAGUAUAAUGAAGUAUCUAUUAUAUCUAAGGUUAUACCCCCAGGUCUGGACAGAUCGGUGCUUAUGAAAAAUGGUAAAAUACCACCAGGUGAAGAAUUAGAUGAUCACAGCCAAUAUAAUGAAUCUGUAAUUAGUAAUAUAAACCAAACUAAUAUUGUAGACAAUUUGACAGAAUCUGAAAGCUUAGAACAAGAUGGUGUCUUAGUGGUAAAUAUUUCAACGGACAAUAUUUUAAAUCUCGACGAACUUUUUCCUAACAUACAAUUAUCAAACUAUUCAAACAAAAUUGAUGAAACAACGAACAAAAUACAAAGCAAUAGUCGUGAAAUAAAUGGAGAUAACAACAAUGUAAAAUUUAAAGAUCUUCCCGAAAAUAUAACUGUCGCUCCAGCUCCUACAAAUGGAGUUUUGCCAACAAAUGAUCUGAAUGAAGACAACGAUGAUAUACAAAAAACAGAUAUUAAUAAAACAAGUCAAGAGCUCCAUGAUAAAAUCUAUGAGGCCAAUGACCUAUUGAAGCCGACUGAAAGUCUACAGAGCAUAGUAGAAAGCACGUACAGUCAUAGACGUCGGAGAAGACGGCAUGGAAAUAGAAGACGCCUAAGAAACAUUCAAUCUUAUGAAAGGACAGGCCUAAAUGCCUUCAAAAACUCCGACGAAGAUAGAAGUGAUAGAACGUCGAGAGAAAAAAAACUUAUACGUCAUCAAAAGAAGUUGAACAAAUUACAUGCUGAUCAGAGAAAGUUCGAAAUACCUGAACAUGAGUUUGAAGAGAGAUUCGAAGUCAAACCGCCACCAAAGCCACUGCCCAAUAAUACUCAAGAUAAUGAGAAUCCCCCUUUUAAGGACUGGUUUUUUCGGGACAGUGACGAUGAUUUAGAAGCAAGUGAGAGCAGAUACAACCAUACUGAGAUGAAGGUAAGACACCGUGCAACAAGAGCGGCUACGAACAGAAAAGAACGUGUUUGGGACAACGGUGUUAUACCGUACGAAAUUGACGGUAACUUCAGUGGCGCGCACAAAUCACUCUUCAAACAGGCCAUGAGACAUUGGGAGAAUUUCACAUGUGUUAAAUUUGUGGAACGCGAUCCGGCGCUUCACAAGGACUACAUUGUGUUCACUGAAAGACCUUGCGGAUGCUGUUCCUUUGUCGGCAAGCGAGGUGGAGGUGCCCAGGCCAUCUCUAUCGGUAAAAACUGCGACAAGUUUGGUAUUGUGGUCCACGAGCUCGGUCACGUGGUCGGCUUCUGGCAUGAACACACGCGACCCGAUCGAGACCGACACGUGCAGAUUAUACGUGACAACAUCAUGACAGGACAAGAAUACAACUUCAAUAAACUCACUGAAGAGGAAGUGAAUUCACUCGGUCAAACGUAUGAUUACGACUCUAUUAUGCACUACGCUCGGAACACUUUCAGCAAGGGAACCUAUUUGGAUACCAUUCUGCCUCUUGAAGUUUUCGGCAAGAAGAGACCAGAGAUUGGACAGAGAGUCAGACUGAGUGCCAGCGACAUAGCACAAACGAAUUUACUAUAUAAAUGCGCAAAAUGCGGUCAAACAUUCCUGGGUAACUCCGGCUGGUUCAACUCUCCUGGUUGGGGGUCGGAGGCUACGAUUGCACCGGAACGUUGCGAGUGGCGCAUAGUGGCUACACAUGGAGAGCGAGUUGUACUUAAUAUAACCGACAUCGAUAUACACAAAUCCGAUGGUUGCCGCACAGAGUGGGUUGAAGUCAUUGAUGGCUACAUGCCUAAUGCUCCAGUGCUGGGCCGUAUCUGUGGAUCUGGGAAAGGCCCUAUGAUAAGGUCGACUGGUUCUCGGCUGACAGUGGUUUAUCAGCCAAGCCUGAAGUCAAAACCUUUUAAAGGUUUUCGUGCUCAUUAUGAAGCUGUGUGUGGCGGCGAAAUUGAAGUGGAUAGUAGCGGUCACUUGGAGUCCCCCAACUACCCAGAUGAUUAUCAGCCGAAUAAACUGUGCAUUUGGAAACUGUCUGUACCUCAAGAUUAUCAAGUAGCAUUAAGGUUCCAUUCCUUCGAAGUUGAAAAUCACGACACAUGCAAUUAUGACAAAGUUAAAAUCAGAGAUGGUGAUUCCAUGGACAGCCCACUUAUUGGCAUGUUUUGUGGACACAAAAUUCCACCGGAUAUCAGGUCAAACUCAAACAAACUCCUAGUAAUCUUCGAGUCAGACAGUUCAGUGCAGAAGGCUGGAUUCUCAGCAACCUUCAUGAAGGAAUUCGAUGAAUGUGCAUCCAUUGAUCACGGCUGUAGCCACUCUUGUGUUAACACUCUCGGUGGAUAUGAAUGUGCUUGCGAUAUCGGAUACGAGCUACAUUCUGAUGGAAAGAAAUGCGAGAAUGCCUGUGGUGGAGUCCUUUACGGUCCAAACGGUACAAUCACAUCACCGUCUUUUCCCGACCUCUAUCCUCCGUCUAAGAACUGUUUGUGGGAAAUCGUCGCCGAGCCUAAUCAUCGUAUAACACUUAAUUUCACACACUUCGACUUGGAAGGCAGCAACAAUAUGUAUCAUCAGGAAUGUGAAUACGAUAGUGUCACAGUACAUUCAAGAUUAGGUGAUGAUGUAUUGCGACGACACGGAGCAUUCUGUGGAUCAGUUCUACCUGCUCCUGUCACAUCUGAGGGAUCAGUACUAAGAGUUCAGUUCACGUCAGACACCUCAGUCCAUCACUCCGGGUUUGCGGCAACGUACUACAUUGAUGUCGAUGAGUGCGCUAAUAACAAUGGCGGCUGUCAACACGAGUGUCACAACACGCUGGGCGGGUACGAGUGCGCGUGCCACAGCGGGUUCACGCUGCAUCCAAACAAACACGACUGCAAAGAGGGCGGCUGCAAACAUGACAUUACGCAUCCUCACGGCACUAUAUUUAGUCCAAACUACCCUGAUCAAUAUCCGCCAAGAAAGGAUUGCGUGUGGCAGUUCUCUACAACCCCUGGACAUCGCAUCAAGUUGAUAUUUAAUGUCUUCGAGUUAGAACCACAUCAGGAAUGCACAUACGAUCACGUGACAAUCUAUGACGGAGCGUCUGCUGAUGAGAAGACAUUGGGACGAUUUUGUGGCAGCAAGCUUCCCCACCCAGUAGUAGCAUCAUACAAUCAGAUGUACGUUGUGUUUAAAUCUGACGCUUCGGUUCAGAGGAAAGGAUUUUUAGCUACAUAUUCAACAGCAUGUGGAGGUUACCUUGCAGCAACAGAGACAGUGCAACAUUUAUAUUCUCACGCACGUUACGGUCACGAUUAUUACGAAUCUCGCUCAAGAUGUGAUUGGAGUAUAGUUGCUCCUGUUGGUCAAUUCGUGAGGCUUACAUUCCUCACUUUUGAGCUGGAGCCAGAAGAUAGCUGCGGUUAUGAUAAGGUUCAAGUAUUUGGAGGUUUAGAAGGUAGUUCUGGAAAUUACGGAAGCUUCUGUGGUACUAAGAUGCCACCAGAAAUUGUUUCCACAACUGAGGCGCUGCUGGUCAAAUUCCGUACUGACGACUCAAUAGUAUUCAAAGGUUUCUCAGCCUCCUACCAAGCUGUCAAACCAGAAUUAUGGAGCGGAGAAGAUGGUUCUGAAAGUGGAGACGAUAUGGAAGAAGAAGAAGAUGAACAAAUACCACCUUUGGUUCUAAGAAGCAGGGGCUUACGAGCUCCAUUACCGAGAUUUGUUCGUCGGCCUACGUGA